AUGGUAGAUGCGAGUUUGCAUCGUCUUAGUACAUUAUCUGAUCUGAAAUCAGUAUCUGAAAAAUUAGAAGCACGAUUAACUCUUGUUUAUCAAGAAACUCUGAAUGAUGAUGCUAAUGAUGAAUUCAACAAAAUUAUUGCUGAUAUCGGUAGAGGUUUAGUUCUUCAGCAUACUAAAGUACCUUAUUCAUCAAUGUUAGGCUUAUUUUUUCAAAAAUUUAUUGAAUUCUGA